CAUUUCCACUUCUUCCCCUAUUUCUCCUUCUUCCUCUUUAUUCACCUUUUCUGUAACUCUAUAUAAACACAAAAUCCAACCCAUCUCUACAUAUCUAUCCUUCUCUCUGUACGUAUACACUUUGCGAGAGAGAGAGGAAGAAAUAAUGGACACCCAUGCUUCCUCUUUCUCCAAUCUCCCUUCUUACUUACGAGCUCUCUCACAUACACCUUCCCGUUUUGCUCGCCGUGCUGCCUCUGUUUCAACCUCUUACGAAGAAAUGAGCCGGGUCCGUGCCCGCUCCGGCUCCGACAUGCAACGCACUCUUCGCUGGUUCGACUUGGUCGGACUCGGCAUCGGCGGUAUGGUCGGCGCCGGUGUUUUCGUCACUACUGGUCAAGCCGCUCGGUUAUACGCUGGUCCAUCCGUCGUCGUUUCAUACGCCAUUGCCGGUCUCUGCGCCCUUCUCUCUGCCUUCUGCUACACUGAGUUCGCCGUUCACAUGCCCGUCGCUGGCGGCGCCUUUAGUUAUCUACGCGUCACCUUCGGCGAGUUCGCGGCGUUUCUGACGGGAGCUAAUCUGAUAAUGGAUUAUGUCAUGUCGAACGCAGCGGUGGCUAGAGGCUUCACCGCUUACUUAGGUACCGCUAUAGGCGUUUCAACUGCUAAAUGGAGGAUCACCGUCUCUGGUCUACCCAAUGGGUUCAACGAAAUUGAUGUUAUCGCCUUGCUCGUCGUUUUGGUUGUCACUCUCGUAAUCUGUUACAGUACGAGAGAGAGCUCGGUGGUGAACAUGAUACUGACGGCAUUGCACAUUCUGUUCAUAGUUUUUGUGAUAGUGGUGGGUUUUUGGAGGGGUGAUUGGAGAAAUUUCACGCGGCCUUCAAACCCACAACACCCUUCUGGUUUUUUCCCCUACGGAGCUUCAGGUGUUUUUAAUGGAGCAGCCAUGGUGUACUUGAGCUACAUCGGAUACGACGCCGUUUCCACCAUGGCUGAAGAAGUUCGUAACCCGGUUAAGGACAUCCCUAUCGGAGUCUCGGGCUCCGUUAUCGUCGUCACCAUCCUCUACUCCCUCAUGGCCGCUUCCAUGUCAAAGCUCCUUCCAUAUGAUAUGAUCGAUGCGGAGGCGCCGUUCUCGGCGGCGUUCAGGGGAGAAUCAGACGGGUGGAAGUGGGUAUCGAACGUGAUAGGAGUGGGGGCAAGUUUCGGAAUCCUGACGUCGCUGUUAGUGUCGAUGCUGGGGCAGGCUCGUUACAUGUGCGUGAUCGGACGGUCGAAAAUGGUCCCCGCAUGGUUCGCUAGGGUCCACCCGACCACAUCUACGCCCGUCAACGCCUCCGCUUUUCUUGGAAUCUUCACAGCCGCAAUUGCCCUCUUCACUGAUCUAAAAGUCCUCAUCAACCUGGUAUCUAUUGGCACAUUAUUUGUCUUUUACAUGGUGGCAAAUGCUGUAAUCUAUAGGCGGUAUGUGGUGGUGGGGACAUCAAAGCCAUGGCCUACCUUAUCCUUCCUUUGCUUAUUCACCAUCACUUCCAUAAUAUUCACCCUCAUAUGGCAAUUUGUGCCGCCCACAGAGCCGAAAGGCUGGAUGCUGGGUGCCUGUGCUCUUGUGGCCAUCGCAAAUCUGCAGAUUUUCCAUUGCGUGGUUCCUCAAGCCCGAAAACCCGAGUUUUGGGGUGUGCCGAUGAUGCCUUGGGUGCCUUGCAUUUCCAUCUUCUUGAACAUAUUUCUUUUGGGUUCCCUUGAUGGACCAUCUUACGUGAGGUUUGGCUUCUUUUCUGCUUUGGCUGUUCUUGUUUACGUUUUGUACAGUGUUCAUGCUAGCUUUGAUGCUCAAGAAGAGGGUCAAAAGAAUGGAGAAAUUCUCAAGGAAUCAGCAGAAAGUGAAGACCCAACCAUCAAAGUGUAAGAAAAAAAGAAGAGGAAAAUUACACUUUUCCUUUUUCUUCAACUUGUUUUGUAAUGACUUCUCACUUUUGUCUUUUCUUUGUUUUUUGGUCGAUGGGUAUUGGUGAAGUGGAGGUUAAAAAUGGAAGAAAAGAUAAUGGAAUAGAAUAGAGUGGAAUUUUGGAGAAGUGGGUGUAUAGAAUUUAGUGUGCUUGACAAUAGGCUUUUUAGGAUUUGUGAUCUGUUUUUGUAUAUUAAUUAAUUAAUUAAAUCAACCAUUUUUAGAGUUGGAAGUUUGA